GCGCGGUGGUCGCUUGGAGAGCAGCAUUGGGGCCCUGUCAGGGGGAGCUGUGUCCGUCAUCCCGAACCCCGCCUUGCCGGCGGCUGGCCACGUCAUGCCAAGCGUUGCUCGGCUCUCUUAGUACCCAGGGGCCGCCGCCCACCCGCCUACCCGAAGCCGCGCCCACCGCCCAGAGCCAGAGGGAUGGUGGUAGUCACGGGGCGGGAGCCACACAGCCGUCACCCGGACGGUGCCAUGUCCAGCUCCGACGCCGAAGACGACUUCCCAGAGCCGGCCACCCCGACGGCCACGCAGGCGGAGCACGCGCUGCCUCUGCUGCCCCAGGAGUUUCCUGAGGUUGUCCCCCUUAACAUCGGAGGGGCUCACUUUACCACACGCCUGUCUACUCUGCGGCGCUAUGAAGACACCAUGCUGGCGGCCAUGUUCAGUGGGCGGCAUUACAUCCCCACAGACUCCGAGGGCCGGUACUUCAUUGACCGAGAUGGCACACACUUUGGAGAUGUGCUGAACUUCCUGCGCUCUGGUGACCUGCCACCCCGGGAGCGUGUGCGUGCUGUACACAAAGAGGCCCAGUACUACGCCAUUGGGCCCCUUCUGGAACAGCUGGAGAACAUGCAGCCGCUGAAGGGGGAGAAGGUGCGCCAAGCUUUUCUGGGACUCAUGCCCUAUUACAAAGACCAUUUGGAGCGGAUCGUGGAGAUUGCCCGGCUGCGCGCAGUACAGCGAAAGGCCCGCUUUGCCAAGCUCAAGGUCUGUGUCUUCAAGGAGGAGAUGCCCAUCACCCCCUAUGAGCGUCCACUCCUCAAUUCCUUGCGAUUUGAACGGAGCGAGAGUGAUGGGCAGCUCUUUGAACACCACUGUGAGGUGGAUGUGUCUUUUGGGCCCUGGGAGGCGGUGGCUGAUGUGUAUGACCUGCUGCACUGUCUGGUCACGGACCUGUCAGCCCAGGGUCUCACCGUGGACCACCAGUGCAUUGGGGUAUGUGACAAGCACCUCGUCAGCCACUACUACUGCAAGCGCCCCAUCUAUGAGUUCAAGAUCACAUGGUGGUGAGUAGCCCCAGUAGGCAAGAGUACCACUGGGGGCGACCAUCUGCCUGGGUGGCUCUGGGAGCACAAUCCACAAAGGGCUGUUGACUGCUCCUGAACCUGCUGAGGUGAUGACUGAGUUGUUCCAAGGGGACAGGUAUUGCUCCAGUCUCCCUAGCUUGUCACCCUUAGGAACUCAGAGUCUUUUCUCAUCUGGUCUUACUUUGAGGCACAACAGUCUUCACUUGAGGUGCAGAGUCUAGUGAAGGCUUUGCUGGAAGUCCAAGGAAGUUUGCUACCUUUCUGACCUUGUAAGAGAGCUGCUCGUUUUAGAGCCACAUUACCGAUGUAGGUAUCCUCACUCACUCCAUUCAAGCAUUCCUUCCAGUGCUCGGUGUGUCUGUAGGAAUGAGAAAGACAAUGGGGUAGUUUCCCAUGUAGACACCCACUAACCUUGGCCAAAGAAGAAAGAGUGCACUCCCUCCCAGUACACCCCACCUUCCCCUAGGCACAGCCCUGCCUUGUCUUGGGUGUGGAAAGGUGUUUCUUUUGUUUCCAGAACAUGCUCAUCACCACCGUUGGAGGUUUAACCAUGCCUCCAAAGCCACGGACUAGUUUGGCCUUAGAAAACCACAAUGUUUACAGCCCUGCCUCGGGGUCUUGGCUUCUUCCUUCCAGCACCGUGUCUUGCUCGCAGAGUCCCUUCUCAUAGGGUUCGAGUGCAGGAUUCAGAGUCCCUUUUGAAGAUUCCUUGAGCCGAGCAGGUACGAUGUCUAGAUCUUUUGAAAUGUAGCAUCAUUUUAAAGGUUGAGAAGGCUCCUUGGCUGUGUCAUGUGUUAGGAUCCAAUGUGGUGAGCCUCUCUGAAAGGACUCUUCUUCUAGGAGAGUUCCUGCUCUGGGGAAGGAGAAGAAGCACUGGGUGGGAGACAGAGCUGUCCUAGGAGCUGGAGGAAACCAGCAGCAAACCUAUAUUAUUUUUUACUUCCCAUAUUUGGAAAGAAACUGAUCCAUAAUGAUCUAUUUCCACUGAAUUUACUUCCUGCCCCUCCAAGGGCACCUAAGUCAGGGCAUGACAUAUAACCCCUUGAAGGAAAAGCUAUGCUGCACCCCUGAGAGCAUUAACAUUUCCUGGCUGCAUCAGGAGUUGUAAAUUCUCGUGGUUGUCACUGUUCCCGGGUACGACUGAGAGGAGACAGUUUUGGUUUUGUAGUCAGUGUAUGUAAGGAGCUGGUGAGAGCAGCAUCACUCCUUUCCCACUGGUACAGGACCAGCGACGUGCGGGUGGGGCGGGCACUGAAGCAUCUAUGAGCUUCUGAAGAAGAGAGCAAAGCCCUAGGAUCUUGGCUGACUUCCUUCAUGCAGCCGGAGGGCAGAUUUCACAGGCCCUACAACAGAUUAGAGGGGACGAUGUGCCCUGGUGUUCACUCCUGUGGGUGGAACACGGGUACACUGAAGUUGAAGUCCAGGAGGGAAGGGCUGUUCAUCACGGUCCAGGUUACUUGCUGACCCUGUUCUCAUCAAACAAAUGGAUGUCUCCUUUUGGAAUUGAUGACCUGACUCGGCCCUUAGCCUGGCAGCAUGGCUCUGGCCUUGUUCUAACAAAAAGUUUAUAUUUAAGUUGCUUUGAUUCAUGAUUCCUACUGCCUCGUUCUUUCUGUCAUCGCUUUGUUGUAUUCAUUUUUUGAGACACAGUGUCAUGUAGCCCAAGCUGGCCUCGAACUUGCUAUGUAGCUGAGCAGCUGAUAGUUAAUGGCAUUGGGCUCCCAGUCUUCCUGUGUGUUAGUAUCACAGGCAUGCUCUACCAUGCCUAGCUCUU